CUUAAUUUGAUUAGCUGGAUGUGACCUUGGCACAUGUAACUAACUGGUCAUUUCAGGAAGGUUUCAUUGUAGAAGUUGGCAUUCAGUUUAUAUACAAGGCUUGGAUUAGAAUAUUGAUCGUGUUACUCUUGUACUUAUUUUAUACCGGGAUUGACUGAUCCUGUAUUAUUAAGAACCUAUUUGAUAGGAUUAUUUUGUCAAACCCUAAUGGAACAAGCUUGUGUCAAGUCUUCUCAGCACCGUCUAGAUGACUGGUUAAUUAUUCUCAAAGAACAUCAUAUUUUAAAAUCUCUUGGCGAAGAAAGAGAGGCGUUUGAAAGAAGUUUAGAACUUCCAACGAUUCCUGAAAUGAUAUUCGAUCAAAAUUCCUUAUCAAUUUGUUUCUGUCAACCAAAUAAUGAACAAAUAUGCAAAAUUGAAUUUAAUGCACUUGAUGCUCUUAAAUUAGUCGACCCAAAGAAUAUAACUAUAGAGGUACCAUUUGCAAAGGACUGGAGAGAUUCUCGAAUUACUAAUCAAGAAGACAUACUGCCACAUAAACCAUAUGACUGGACUUUCACUACUCCGUAUACAGGCACUUUGUCUGGUCCCUGGAGUAUAUCUCCAACUUCUGAGGGUUUAGAUAUGGAGUAUUUACGUCGGAAAGAUCCUAUUCGCUUUUUUGUUAAUACAACGCUAUAUGAAGAUGAACUAGGUGAUAAUGGUGUAUCUAUUCUGAAUAUAAAGUUUCGUGCAAUGUCUUCUGGUUUCUUUUUACUACAACGUUUUUUCUUACGUAUUGAUGGUGGACUAAUACGAGUAUAUGAUACUCGACUACAAUGGCGUCAAAAUGAUAGUUAUUUAAUUCGUGAUAUACGCCGAAUGGAAAGUUCAUCUUGGAGAGAAGAUAUGGUUGGCAUCAGUUUAGAAAUAGCAGAUCAACUAUGUGAUACAGUUAUAGAGCAUUAUACAGAAAAACUUGUACCACCAUAUUGGAAGACAUGUCAAAUUACGCAUUAACUGGGUUGACAACAUUUACUUACACCUGUUACCCCCAAUGAAGCAUAGGCCGCCAACCAGCAUUCUCCAAUCCACUCUGUCCUGGGCCUUCCUUUCCAGUUCUAUCCAAUUUUUGUUCAUUUUUCUCAUGUAUGUCUCCAUUUCUCGACAAAAUGUGUUCUUUAGUCUUCCUCUUUUCCUUUGGCCUUGAGGAUUCCAUGUGAGGGCUUGCCUUGUGAAGCAGUUGGGUGCUUUCUUCAAUCUGUGUCCUAUCCACUUCCAGUGCUUCUUCAUGAUUUCUUCCUCCUCUGGGAUCUGAUUUGUUCUCUCCCAUAGUAGGUUGUUGCUGAUAGUGUUUGAUAAACGAAUUCGAAGUAUUUUGCGUAGACAACUGUUAAUAAACACCUGUAUCUUCUGGAUGAUAGCUUUCGUAGUUGUCCAAGUUUCCGCCCCAUACAGUAGAACUGUUUUGACAUUUGUAUUGAAAAUUCUUACUUUGGUGUUGGUUGACAGACAAUUGUUUUGAGUUUCAGAUGUUAUUCAGUUGUAAAUAUACUGCUCUUGCUUUACCGAUCUGCACCUUCACAUCUGCAUCACAUCCACCAUGUUCAUCAAUGAUUCCGGCCAGAUAUGUAAAGGUUUUUACAUUUUCCAAAGUUUCUUUAUCAAGUGUGAUUCGAUUGUUUUAUUCUGUGAUGUAUCGGAGAAUCUUGCUUCUCCCUUUGUGUAUGUUGAGACGUACUGGUGCCGAGGCCGCUGCUACACUGGUCGUCUUCUUCUGCAUUUGUUGUUGCGUGUGUGAUAAAAGAACCAGAUCAUCUGCGAUGUCUAGAUCGUCCAAUUUCAUCCUAGAUGUCCAUUGUAUCCCAUGCUUCCCCCAAAUGUUGACGUCUUCAUGAUCCAGUCGAUCAGUAGGAGAAAGAGAAAGGGUGAGAGCAAUCAACCUUGCCUAACACCGGUCUUUACCUCGAAUAAGUAUGUCAGUGGUCAUCCGUGCACGAUUUUGCAUCAUAUGAAUUCCAUAUGAUACUGACUGCCUUCUCAAGCACUCCGUAGCGUCGAAAAAGCUUCCACAGUGUUUUCUUAUCCACACUAUCAAAUGCUUUUUCUUAGUCAAUAAAUUUGACGUAGAUUGAUGAAUUUCAUUCCAUUGAUUGUUC